AACAUGUCGGCGUCCAGGAUUCUUGAUACAUUUGUGUCCUCCCCAAGAAGUGAGGGGCGCGCGAUACAUUUGUAACCAGUCAGAUCCUUUCCAUUGUUGUGGAGCAGAAUUCAUUGAAUGUCUCCGGCCAUAACCCUAUUACCGCUCGGCUUAAUGCAGAUCCAUGUGUAAAUGAAUAAUCGGCCGAAUAAUUGGUAGAAACCAUUCAGAAUGUGGAGUUGUACAAAGACACUUUGAUGUGGGGCUUACGAGUGGAUUAGACUAUUACGAGGGGGGACAAAUCCAAUACUCCACACAACGUCACGCGCAUUCCAGCAUCGGAGAUUAUGCAAAGUCUAAGAGAAGAAGAGGAAGAAGAAGAUUACUCCUGGACAAGAUGGCUGUAAGAAACGUGGAGAUGAUGGUGAAUAUUUUAAAUGACCCAUGCCCCUUUAAGGACUCGGUGGAACAAUGUGGAUCACAGGGAGUCAAAUAUCUCGCUUGCUACUUGUGAUUUUGUUUGUAGUGUUUAAAGGAGGACACUCACAGGCAGAGAGAGCUGGUUGUAAAAAUGUCCAUUACGAUUUGAUUUUCCUCUUGGACACCUCCUCCAGCGUUGGCAAAGAGGAUUUUGAGAAAGUUCGUCAAUGGGUUUCCAACUUGGUGGACACUUUUGAGAUUGAACCAGAUAAGACAAGAGUGGGAGUCGUAAGAUACAGUGGCAAACCGUCAACGGAAUUCGACCUGGGACAAUAUCAGACCCGCGAGGAUGUGAAAGAAGCUGCCAGGAAUAUCAAGUACUAUGGUGGAAACACCAAUACGGGGGACGCUCUUAGAUAUAUCACAACAUAUAGUUUCUCUGAGGAGGCUGGUGGACGGCCCCGUGAACGAGCCAUUAAAAAAGUCGCUAUCCUUCUGACCGAUGGAAGAAGUCAAGACCUGGUGUUGGAAGCUGCGACGGCCGCCCAUAAAGCGGGAAUUAGGAUUUUUGCUGUAGGUGUUGGUGAAGCUCUCAAAGAAGAACUGGAAGAGAUCGCAUCAGAUCCCAAUUCUGCCCACGUCUUCCAUGUCUCUGACUACAACGCCAUCGACAAAAUCCGAGGGAUAUUGAGAAGAAGACUUUGUGAAAACGUCCUUUGUCCAAACGUGAAAAUUGAGGGUAAUCGCUUUACACACAGGAAUGGAGAAAGAGAUGAAAUUCCAGGUUUUGACCUCAUGGAGUUAUUCAACAUAAAAGAUGUCGUCGGAGGGAAAGAGUCCGGGGUUCAAAGCUCCUUUGUGCGUCUAGGGACCUUCCCCAUCGUACAGAGAACCGAGGAUAUAUUUCCACAAGGCUUGCCAGAUGAAUAUGCCUUUGUAACCACAUUCAGAUUCAGAAAAACUUCCAGGAGGGAAGAUUGGUACAUUUGGCAAAUUAUUGACAAGUACGGGAUCCCACAGGUGUCUUUGAGGUUGGAUGGAGAGAACAAAGUCUUAGAGUACAGCUCGGUGGGAGUCAUAAAGGAUGCGGUUAAAGCCAGUUUCCGUAGCAGCCAAGUCAGUGAACUGUUCGAUCGGAACUGGCAUAAGAUUGCUCUGAAAGUCCAAGCCAAGACUGUCAUCCUCUACAUCGACUGCAAGCUGGUCAUGACUUUACCUAUCGAGGAACGAGAAAAUAUCGACAUCCAGGGAAAGACCGUGAUUGGCAAACGCCUCUAUGACAGCGUUCCUGUAGAUUUUGAUCUUCAGCGCAUCGUCAUAUACUGUGACUCGCGGCACGCCGAGCUGGAGACCUGUUGUGAUAUUCCCAGCGGCCCGUGUGUGGUCACUGUGGUCACCGAACCGCCACCUGUUGUCACAACCCCCACUGUGGCGGAACAGAGAGGAACAGCAAGCUCCCUAAACUGCUCACACUGCCCCUUUGGAGAGAAGGGGGAUAUCGGCCUUCCAGGACCUAUAGGCCCAAUGGGCCCAAAGGGUGACACUGGCAAUCCUGGGCCACUUGGACCUGCAGGUCCUAAAGGAGAGAAAGGUGAAGUUGGAAGAGUCAUUUCAACUAAAGGGGAGAAAGGUGAUCAGGGAGGGGCUGGGAUACAAGGACUUCCAGGAAUUAGAGGAGAAAAAGGAGAGAAGGGAUCUUUUGGGCCUCCUGGUGCAUUCGGCAAGGAAGGAGCCAAAGGAGAGAGGGGCGACAGAGGAGAGCAGGGUGAAGAUGGUGUUGCGGGGCCCCCAGGGCCACAGGGGUUGGAAGGACCAAAAGGGCCCCCUGGAGCUCCUGGACCAGUGGGAUUUCCUGGCUUACAAGGAGAACGAGGUGAAAAAGGAAGCCAUGGAGAAAAGGGUGAAAGAGGCCUUGAUGGGUUUCCUGGAAAGCCAGGUCAAGAAGGAAAGGAGGGUAUAAAAGGCAGCAUCGGAUUGCCAGGUCUAAAGGGACUGAAAGGAGAGAGGGGUGGAAAAGGUGAAGCCGGAUCCCCAGGGCUACCUGGAAGUGUUGUUCAGCAGGAAGGACUUAAAGGAGAACAGGGCUCACCUGGACCUCGCGGCCCCCCAGGUCUUGCCGGACAGGCUGGACCACCAGGGCCAGAGGGACCCAAAGGCAGCCUUGGACCUGCUGGACUGGAAGGGCAGAGGGGAGAGAAAGGAGAGGCUGGUUUACCUGGUGUGGAUGGCAUCUCUGGGCCUGAGGGACCCCCGGGACCACCAGGACCUGCCGGACCUCUAGGCCCUACAGGCCUCCAGGGAUUGCCGGGUGAGAUCGGAUUCACUGGAAAACCUGGAAAGAUCGGGCCCCCGGGAUCAACUGGAAAAGAUGGAGCCGAUGGUGUAGAUGGAAAACCUGGACAAAAGGGGGAACAAGGAGAACGCGGCUUAGAUGGAACUCCAGGACUGACCGGUCCAAGGGGGCAGCCUGGUGAUCGAGGACUAUCUGGACGACCUGGAGAAAAAGGCGAAGCCGGCCCCCCAGGAUUGUCAGGAGCGGACGGAAAGAGGGGAGACAAGGGUGACCAGGGACAGGACGGCCUUCCCGGACCAUUAGGACCUAAGGGAGAAAAAGGAGAUCAGGGUUCCAUUGGUCCUCCUGGUGCCCCGGGGACGGCUGGAGCGACGGAGACCGUGGUCGGUGAACCUGGAGAACCCGGACGUCAUGGAGAGAAAGGAGAGAAGGGAGAACCUGGGAAUCAUGGAGAAGCGGGACCUCAAGGACUGACUGGAGAAGUGGGCCCGCUAGGACCUAUAGGGCCGCAGGGUCCAAAAGGUCAAGAAGGAGCCAAGGGUGAGCGAGGACCUAAGGGAGAUAUUGGCCCACCAGGUCUUGCAGGUCAAUCUGGAGCCAGGGGACUACCGGGAAAUGUGGGAAAUCCAGGAGAUGCCGGUUUGCCAGGAAAAGAUGGACAGAAGGGCGAAAAGGGUGAACUAGGCAAAGAAGGAAAACUUGGCCCACCAGGCCCACCUGGAGAGGCUGGAUUGGCCGGUUUGCCGGGACUACCGGGGAGAGGCAAGGAUGGCGAAAGGGGUGAACGUGGAUUUCCUGGUCCACAUGGACAACCUGGAUCUAAGGGAGAUAGAGGACCUCCAGGACUGCCUGGGCAACCAGGAUCCCGUGGACCACCGGGUAUAGGAAUUGAUGGUACUCCGGGCUCCCCAGGAACAGCUGGAGAUAAGGGAGAACAGGGUGUUAAAGGUCUCGCUGGCCCACCAGGUCCCCAAGGUCCCCCAGGACAAGAUGGUUUUCCAGGAAAUCCAGGAGACAGAGGACCCCCAGGUGAACCGGGUCCGGCUUCAUUGAUCAAAACACCAGAUUUGGAAGUCUAUAUUAAGGACAUGUGCCGAGACUGCCCACCAGGACCACCAGGAGUGCCGGGGAUCCCAGGAGUUAAAGGAGAUAAAGGUCUUCCUGGUUCUCAGGGACGGGAUGGCAUUGAUGGUAAAAAGGGAGAACAAGGCGCCGUGGGUCCUCCCGGGCCAACAGGCUUGGACGGUAUGAAGGGCAGUAGAGGAGACCGUGGAGCCGACGGAGAACCUGGACAGAAAGGUGAAAAGGGUAUUCCAGGAAUGCCAGGCUUCACCGGAUCGCCGGGUAAUUCGGGACCUCCUGGACCUGAUGGAUUACCCGGAGUCAUGGGCCCUCCCGGCCCCACAGGAGAACCCGGAAAAGAAGGACCACCAGGGCCCAAAGGCCCCCCUGGACUCAUGGGACUACCGGGAAUCGCUGGUAAAGAUGGAAAAGACGGGAAGCCCGGGGCACCUGGGGAAGCAGGGAAACCAGGAGAUUUGGGACCGCCGGGCAGAGAGGGGGCCCGAGGACUGCCUGGCUUUAAGGGGCACAGAGGAGAUACAGGAAUACCGGGUAGCAGAGGAGAACCAGGUGUACCAGGACCCCCGGGGCGAGAAGGGUCCUCAGGAAAAGAUGGUGAUAUUGGACCACCAGGACAUCAGGGACCAAGAGGAAUCCGAGGACCACCUGGCAAAAAUGGGUUGGCUGGACCUCCAGGGAAUCCUGGGGCACCAGGUUUAUUGGGGCCUAAAGGAAGCAAAGGAGACACAGGAGCUGCCGGAGUUCCAGGAUUUCAAGGACCCAAAGGACCACAAGGAACACCUGGAGAGAAUGGGUCACCUGGAAAAGAGGGAAUUCCUGGAAAAACAGGAGAACGUGGACCUAAAGGAGACAGAGGUGAUCCAGGUACCAAAGGUGACAAAGGCAUGCAGGGAGAAAAAGGUCAAGCUGGACAACCUGGCUCCCCAGGUCAUAAAGGUCACACUGGAAUAAUGGGCCCUGUAGGACCACCAGGAGAACGAGGAAUAUCAGGACAUCCAGGCCCUCCUGGACCGCAAGGAUUGACCGGCCCAAGGGGAGACGCCCCAUCAACCGAUACUCUAAGAAGAUUAAUUCAAGAAGAGUUGGGAAAGCAACUGGAAGCAAAGUUAUCCUACAUCAUGUCUCAGAUGCAGCCAGCCCAGAUUAAAUCCUAUCAGGGUCGACCGGGACCACCAGGUACUCCUGGAAAAGAUGGAAAUGAAGGAAGACCAGGUGCAAUGGGAGAACCAGGACAGCCUGGGAUAAUGGGACCAGAAGGACCUGCAGGACCUAUGGGUCCAAAAGGUGAAAGAGGAGCGAAAGGUGAAAGAGGAGAAUAUGGAGUUGGUCAAAGAGGUGAAAUCGGCCCCCCAGGAAUUCCAGGUGUUCCUGGAGAACCAGGAUAUGCCAAAGAUGGAAUCCCAGGAAUCCCAGGUCAUCAGGGUGAACCAGGGGCCCCAGGACCUUCUGGCCCUCAGGGACCUCCCGGAUCAAAUGGACAAUGUGACCCAUCACAAUGUGCCUACUAUGCCAGUUUAGGAUCUAGGCCCGGUAAUGUAAAAGGACGUUAAGGACAUCAAAGAAGACCCAAAAGGACUUUCUGAAACUUGAAUUUAUUGCUGGUUUAAAGAACCUUCCGAAAUGAAGGGUAUUAGUAAUACUCCAUCCACAACCAAGGAGAUUCCGACUGAGGGGGGAGGAAGAACAAAUCUAGUUUAAAAAUUUUUGCAAAUUUUUGAUGGAUGAAACCAAUGAUUUACUGCCGGUCGGUCAAGGCUUUUUGUGUUCUUACAUUAUGUGUGUCAUUUAUGUAUUUUUGUUCAAAAGAAGGAGUUGUACUUUGAAAGUACGAUAUAUGCUUUGGAGACAUUUCAAAGGAGACAUAGUCCAAAGGAAUUAAAAUACAACUCGCCCGCUCCUGGUAGUAGAAGUGGCCUAAGACCAAUGGUCCCUAAAGUACAACAGUAAAUCCCUGGAGGGAAGAUUUCCUUGCUGUUUCCCGUCUGUUGAACCCAAACCCUACCCAGAGUUGAAGGUUUAUGAUGGUCAUUGUAGACUUUAACCUUGUGGCCCACAGUAGCCCCUUUGUGAACUCUUGUUUGGUUGUCUAGUUACGACUAGCCUCCCUCUCCAAGUGACCACCAAUUCUGUAUGUGGUGGCCCAUGUUCUUAAGUGCUCACAGAACGUUUCAUCUGAAAACGAAGAGUAAAAAGUAAAAAAGAUUGGAAUGAACGGGAAAGA